CGAUAUUCAUUAGAGAAGCCAAUUUGUGCAACUAAUUGGAAUUCUAAAAGAUCCUAGUCCACCCAAAUAAUGGAUUCGGAAAAUGGUGGCCUAAACUGCCUGUUAUCAUGACUCAUACCGUCAUGAACUUCUAUUUCUUAUGCAUAUGGUGUUGCAUACGGGGAGAACAACUUAUGAUCAUAUAUUAGCUAUUAUUUUCGAGUUCCUUUGCGGUUCAACCUUCUUUCUCUUUAUGCUUGUGAAUUGGCAUUAGGGCUAGGAAAACCAUUACCAAUAGGUUCAACACUUAUGUCGUAUUUCACUUCAUUCGAUCUAGUGUUUUUCAUUCGAUGGAGUAUAUUAUAAGUUUGGUUGGGUUGAGUAUCUUCUAUCUUUUGUGUUUCAUGAUUUCUAAUGUGGUUUUGCGUGUUAUUGUUUAUCACUUCUUGAUCAACUUAUUGGCUAAAAUUGUAUAAUAUUUAGAUAGUGUUUUCAUCAAAAUGAAGCUUAAUUUUGACAAAUAACAUGCUUAUUUCAACAAUUUCAAGUAAAAAUACGACAAGUAUAGAUAAAAACGACAACUAACUGGCUCGUCGUAUAGCUUAGGUUGGGUGACCUUAAAGUUUAGUGACCAUUGAUGUAAUUGAUCAACAACACAGUCGCUAAAAGGUAAAAAAUAGUCGUCGACGUCGAGGGUAAAGUAGAAAUUGGGCUCACUUUCCCUCUUUCUGCAGGGGCAGAGCAGGUAGCCCAGGAGACCAGGGAGUCAGUUCCAACUUCCAACUCGCUUCCUUCCACCACGUGAGAGAGCAGCAAGGUUGGUAAAACAUUUCUUUGUUUUCUAGCCCACCACCAGCGUUUACCAGUUACCACUGCGCCACCACGACCACAGACCAGAAAACCCCAAAAGCUCCACCUCUACCCAAAUGAAACAAACUCACUUUUCUCUGACAAGCAAAAUUUGAUGGCUCGAUCGAACUCGGAAUCAGACAACAACGUACAGAGCAUCAAAUUCGUCAUAUUCUCCGCAUCUUAGCUAUAGCAACUCACCUCCACAACUUCCCCACCUUCUUAAUCUCCUUUUGAGUAAUAAGAGCUUCGAAAAAGUCUCGAGCUUUGUCUCCAUCCUCGGACUUUCCGUCAGCUAUGGGUACUGCUGCUGCUUUUGCUGCCUUCUCCUUCGGUCCUUCCCAGUGUCAGUCAUGUCAAGCUGAUGGGUCCUCCUGCUCAACAUCAAAUGGGAUCACGAGUGGUUGGAUGAAAACCACUAUUGACACUAGUACCGAUGUUCUCAGCUCAAGGUCUGGAAGUCCGAUCUUGGGAUCAGGAUCAUUAUUCCCUUGGUCGAGCAGAGGACGUGAUCUGAGCCAUUUGAAAGUGUCGGUUGCUGCUGAUUACUCCGAUUCAUCAUUUCCCGACUCGUCUAGUUAUACAAGUGCAAGAGGCUAUCAUCCUCUGGAAGAAGUGAUAGUCAGUAGAAGGAGACCGGAGCCUCAGUUGACACCAGCUGAGAUUGCAAGAACAACUGUUGAGGCUAACAGCAGCGCUCUGGUGGUCUUUCCUGGAAUAGUACACCGUGAACCACAUGAAGAAAUCACAUGGGCUGAGUUACAGUAUGUUGUUGAUGAUUAUGGAGAAAUAUAUUUUGAGAUGUUUGAUGAUAGGAACGUCUUGCGAGAUCCUCAAGCUGGUAAUGCUGUGAAUGCUUUUAUUGGGAUGGACGUCCCGGUAUAUGAGAAUAGAAGAGUUGCGAGCGAUAUUGCCGUAUUCAAUGUCAGAGAUGCCGACGACAUCCCCAUUGAAAACGACUAUUUUCCGAUCAUGGAUUAUAAAGACCACGAUGUUCCAGUUGACUGGGGGAUGCCAGACACAUGUACUUGGGUUCAUCCAAUUCAUUUUGCCAAGUGCUUAUCAAAGGCUACCGAUAUCGAGCAUGAUAUAAAAAUGGGUCAUCCAUCAAAUGGUGUUUCUAUUAUUGGGUGCCUCAAACCUGCUUUUGAUGAUGAGGAAGCAUACUUCAGAUCAGUAUGUUAUUCUGAAGAUAGCGAUGGCUAUAGUUCAGACUCCACAGAUGGGGAGAUCCCGAAUUUAAGCUCCAAAAAGAACGUGUCUAGAGCCUCAUCUAUUUAUCGGUUCGAGAUCAUCAGUAUAGAGCUUUUUUCAGUAUAUGGUACUCAGAGACCAAUUGGGUAUUCAGAAUAUCAAAAGGCUGAGGCUGAUGUCCUUCUAAACUGUGUAUCAACAAUCCUAGAACGUUUCAAUGAUAGAGGAAUUGACGUUGAUUCUGCUCUUAAAGCUCUGUGCAAGAAGAAGGGCAUUGAUAGCCAGGAGGCUCAUUUGAUUGGAGUUGAUAGCCUUGGCUUGGAUGUUAGAAUUUGCUCUGGAGUGGAAGUACGAACUCAUCGUUUUCCCUUUAAAAUCCGCGCUAGGUCUGAAGUUGCUGCAGAAAAACAGAUUCACCAACUAUUAUUCCCACGAUCUCGUAGGAAGAAACGAAAUCAAGGUGACAGGCUAAGGGACUCGAGGUCACGCUGAUAUGUCCCUGCUGUGCUGAGAACCUCCAUGACCAAUAAGAAAUGACGGCUACAUUGGUGCUUCUGCGGCUUUACCAGGAGAGAACCCGGAAAAUGAUCUUGUUGGCGGCUGACUUACCCCUAACUCCUAGUUCUUUUUAUUGUGGCCUGCUUUUAUUGAUGAGGAUAAUCUCUUAUCAUGGGUUGCUUCCAGUUUGAUCUAGUAAUCCUUAUGUGUUUAAUCUGAUCAAGAAACUUGAGUUCAAGAGAAAGCACCAGGCCGUCUAGUGUCUAUUGCACUGAAUAAUGAAGUGUGUUUGUAAGACUUGUUUUGAGCAUUCCAAUAAUCUACUGCAGUCUGCAACACAUAACAAAACUGCUACUUCAAGUUUCCAUGUUAAGCUCCAAAUGGCAGAUGCCCAGUAAAAUAGGAAGCAGCACAGAAAGCAAAGCAUGUCAGUUCUUGACAUCACAACGUAUAAAAUUAACAAUAAUGA